AUGAAACAAGAGUUUGAAAUGACAGAUCUAGGACUUAUGCACUAUUUUCUUGGUGUGGAAGUACAACAAACAUCAGAAGGUAUAUUUAUUUCCCAAGCCAAGUAUGUAGCUGAUUUAUUGCAGAAGUUUAACAUGGUAGCAUGCAAAGCACUUGCAACCCCCAUAGCCCUUGGUGAAAAACUAACCAAGGAAGAUGCUAGUCCCAAGGUUGAUACAACUCGAUACAGGAUUGGUAGCCUCAUGUACCUCACCACCACUAGACCUGAUAUUAUGUAUGUUGUGAGCGUCAUAUCUCGGUUCAUGCGGGAUCCACAAGUCACAUUGGUGGGCUGCUUUGGAUUUGUAUCUUGGAGUAGUAAGAAACAGGCAACGGUGGCUCUUUCUUCAGCAGAAGCGGAAUACAUGGCAGCUUCAUCGGCAAGUUCUCAAGCGACCAAAUCUAAGUACAAGUACACAGAGAGACGUAGAGAUACACCACCAGCAUAA